CAGCACAUCCCGCCCGAGCACCUCGCUGAGGUGAAGCGGAUCCUCUAUGGGGGCGAGGCAAGAAAACUUAAUUUGCCAUCUGCUGCUCUGUCAGCAGCUCAGGAAAGAGAUUUUGAGCUACAGGGCUAUGGAUUUGAAGCUGAUCCAGAGCAGUUGAGAAGGCCACGUAUUGUUCGAGUAGGACUGAUACAAAAUAAAAUUCCACUUCCCACAGACACAGCCGUGGCAGUCCAGGUGGCCGCGCUGCACAGACGGAUUGAGGAGAUCGUGGAAGUAGCUGCAGUGUGUGGGGUCAACAUAGUUUGUUUUCAGGAGGCUUGGACCAUGCCCUUUGCUUUUUGUACAAGAGAAAAGCUUCCUUGGACUGAAUUUGCUGAGUCUGCAGAGGAUGGGCCAACAACAAAAUUUUGUCAAGAGCUGGCAAAGAAAUACAAUAUGGUUGUGGUAUCUCCAAUCCUGGAGCGAGAUGAAAUACAUGGGGGAACUCUGUGGAAUGCUGCAGUGGUCAUUUCUAAUUCUGGAGCUGUCCUUGGCAAAAGUAGGAAAAAUCACAUUCCAAGGAUUGGAGAUUUCAAUGAG